CGGAGGCUGCGCACUAGGGCCUUCAGGGUUACCACCUGCAGUUUGCAGGCUGGAAUUGACUCCUGCUGACAGCAGCUUCACGUUCGCUUUUGCCCUCCGCUGCAGUAUGGGGCCGGCGCCGCGCACCCUGGAACUCUUCUACGACGUUCUGUCCCCCUACUCCUGGCUGGGCUUUGAGGUCCUAUGUAGGUACCAACACCUCUGGAACAUCAACCUGAAGUUGCGCCCGGCUUUCAUCGCUGGGAUCAUGAGGGACAGUGGAAACAAACCGCCAGCUCUGGUUCCCCGAAAAGGCCAGUACAUGAACAAAGAGAUUCCUCUCCUGAGGCAACACUUCCAGGUUCCAAUCAACAUACCCAAGGAUUUCUUCAAUGUGAUUCUUAAGAAAGGGAGUUUAAAUGCCAUGCGCUUCCUCACCUCCGUGAGCAUGGAGCAACCAGAGAUGCUGGAGAAGGUGUCCAGAGAGCUAUGGAUGCGUGUUUGGUCUCGAGAUGAAGACAUCACGGAGUCCCAGAGCAUCCUGGCUGCUGCAGAGAAGGCAGGAAUGUCCACAGAGCAAGCCCAAGGCCUUCUGGAGAAAAUAGCCACAGCACAGGUGAAGAGCAAGCUCCAGGAGACCACUGAGACAGCCUGCAAAUACGGGGCCUUUGGGCUGCCCACCACUGUUGCCCACGUGGAUGGUAAAACCUACAUGUUAUUUGGCUCUGAUCGCAUGGAGCUGCUAGCUUACCUGCUGGGAGAGAAGUGGAUGGGCCCUGUGCCCCCAACCCAAUGUUCCAGACUUUAAGAUUGCCUUAGGAAGUAAACUUCGAUUUCUCCAUUUGACCAAGCUGACUUCUGUGGCCCUAUGGACUGAAGCAGGAGUCUGCCUUAGCUGUGGCUGCCUUUACUUCUGUGCCUCACAAGUGCCUUUUGGAAAGCCUUAAGUUCUGCAUUCCCAGACAAUAAACCUGAUGCCACUAAACAAAA